UCUGUCAACUUUGACCGCUGCCUGCCUCGUAUGUUGGUCAUCGUUUUGCCCAGGGGCUGCUUUUCAGUUAGGGUUUUGCGGUGUAGCCGAAGAGACGAGGGUUUUAGGGAGCCAACAAAUAACAAAAAAGAAAUAUACCAUAAUUAUGGAUACUUCGGCUCUCAAUUCGGCUGAAAUGCAGCAAUUCCUCAACCAAGAAAAGGAAAAGGCCAUGGUCAAUGAGAUGGUUGCAAAGCUUACUAGUGUGUGCUGGGAUAAAUGCAUCACCAGUACACCUGGGAGCAAGUUUAGCUCAAGUGAAUCAGCUUGCCUUUCCCAUUGUGCCCAGCGGUAUAUGGAUAUGAGCCUUAUCAUAAUGAAACGCUUUCAGUCCAUGCAUUGAGAAGUUGCACAUUAUUGGCCUCAUGUCAGUUACAAGAUGCUACUGCUUGUUAGCCCCUCUAUAUGCAGUCAACUGUUUCAAUAACAGGAUGUUGCUUAUUUUUUUUGAAACUAAAUCCCUUCUUAUUUGAUGCCGCCUGAUUUGUAUCAUUUUGGCAUCCAGUUGUCUUUUUUCCUCCUUUAAAAGAUAUGAGACAUGAAUAGUUACAAAUUCUGGCAUUUCUGAUUGGUUGUAGCUGUGACGAAGCAUAUACAUUUAAUAACACUAGUAUGCCAAUUGUUUACA